ACCUCACUUUCCACUGCUAUCCAUCUCCACAACCACAACCCGGCAGCAUGGAUUACCAGAACCGCGCCGGUUCCAAAUUCGGCGGCGGAGGCGUCGCCUCCCACUCCGCAACGAACGCCGACCGACGCGAACGUCUCCGCAAACUGGCCCUGGAAACAAUCGACCUCGACAAAGACCCCUACUUCUUCAAGAACCACGUCGGCAGCUUCGAAUGCAGACUAUGUCUCACAGUGCACCAAAACGACGGGUCCUACCUAGCGCACACGCAGGGGCGGAAACAUCAAACGAACCUUGCGCGGCGCGCGGCGCGCGAACAGCGCGAGGGCAAGAACCAAGACCCGUCGUCCAUUCCCGGGGCGAUGGGCGUGCAGGUCAAGAAGCAGACGAUCAAGAUCGGACGGCCGGGGUACAAGAUCACGAAGAUUCGGGAUCCGUUGACGAGACAGCUGGGGAUGUUGUUCCAGUUGCAGUAUCAGGAGAUUACGCCGGGAGUUACGCCUAAGGUGCGGUUUAUGUCGGCGUUUGAGCAGAAGGUGGAGGAGCCGCCGGACAAGAACUUUCAGUAUUUGGUUGUUGCGGCGGAGCCGUAUCAGACUUGUGGGUUUAAGUUGCAGGCGAGGGAGAUUGAUCGGCGCGAGGGACGGUAUUGGACUUGGUUUGAUGAGGAUAGUAAGGAGUUUUGGGUCCAGAUUAUGUUCAAGACGGAGAGAGAGGAGAGGUUUUCGGGUGUGCCGGGGUUGGCGCCUAUUGAGAAUAAGGCUUGAUUUGGGGCCUUGUUGAUUGUGUUUGAGGGGAUGGGAGUGGUGAAUGUUCUCAUUGUUGCUGUUGAUUUCCUAUUGAAGGUCGGAUCUGGCGUUUGAUGGGCUUGCUUUGCUGGCAAAAUGUUGUGGCUAUCGUUCUUUCUAUUCUAUUGCUGUGUUAUGCAUUAGGGUGGCUUCGCAUCAAUACCAUGCCCUCUUUUUACUUCUAAUGAUACGAUUUACCAACGAUUACAGCUCU